AAACGGGGAGGGCCUCCGACUGGAGGGGCGGGGCGGCGCGUGCGCAGAAGGCGCGGCGGGCAGCGACCGGGGCGGGCGCCGGUGAGCCCCGGGGCCGAGGGCGGCAUGGCGGCGGAGGCCGGGGCGGUGCAGGUGGCCUUCCCGGAGGCGACGAGCGCCCUGCUGGAGGCGCUGAACCAGCAGCGGCUGGAGGGGCAGCUGUGCGACCUGGCCAUCCACGUGCAGGGCCGGGUCUUCCGCGCGCACCGGGCGGUGCUGGCCGCCUGCUCGCCCUACUUCCACGACCAGGUGCUGCUGAAGGACAUGAGCUCCGUGGUGCUGCCCAGCGUGAUGGACCCGGCCGCCUUCGAGCUGGUGCUGGGCUCGGCCUACACCGGCCGCCUCCGCAUGGGCCGCGACGAGAUCGUCAACUUCCUGACGGUGGGCAGCGUCCUGCAGAUGUGGCACAUAGUCGACACGUGCACGCAGCUGCUCAAGGAGCGACAGCGCCGCCCGGACCGCGCCGCCGCCGCCCAGGCCUCCUCCUCCUCCGGCUCGGGCGCCUCCCGGGGCUCCGGCGGGCGCGGCGGCGGCGGCGGCGGGGAGAGCCAGUCGCCCAGCAGCAGCAGCUACUUCAGCCCCCUCCGCGACGGGCCCGAGCAGCCCCGGGGAGGCGGCGGCGGCGCCCGCGGGGGCGGCGAGCGGGACGAGGACGGGCUCUGCCGGGCCGCCCCCCGACGCCGCCCGCCCGACCCCGCCGCCCGCGCCGGCAGGAGCGCGCCCGAGCCUGACGACGGCGCCCCCGGGGAGCCCGGCAGCAGCGAGGCCCGCCGACCGUCCUCCCUGCGGCCCGGCCUCGUCCCGCCGCGCCAGUGGCUGCCGGUGAAGAAGGAGCGCGGCGGGCUGGAGGAAGAGGAGGAGGAGGAGGAAGACGAGGAGGAGGAAGAGGAGGACCUGGUGCUGACCUGCGAGGAGGACGAGGAGGCGGCCGAGCCCGCCGCCGCCCUGAGCAUCAGCGACGUCCGCACGCUCAGCGGGCCGCCGCCGCCGCCGCCGGAGGAGCAGGUGAACUUCUGCGAGUCCUCGCAGGACGUGGCGGCCGCCUUCGAGGAGCCCUUCCCGCCCCCCCGGCCGCUCCUGCCGCUGGACGUGCGGGGCCCCCCGCUGCUGCUCUUCCCGGGGGCGUCGGGGGCGCCGUCGGCCGUCGGGGCUGCCCCGCCGUCAUCGGUGGAGCACGGGGCGGUGCAGCUGUCGGGGGGCUCCGGGGAGGGCAGCAAGAUCUUCCUGUGCCACUGCGGGAAGGCCUUCUCGCACAAGAGCAUGCGCGACCGGCACGUCAACAUGCACCUGAACCUGCGGCCCUUCGACUGCCCCGUCUGCAACAAGAAGUUCAAGAUGAAGCACCACCUGACGGAGCACAUGAAGACCCACACGGGCCUCAAGCCCUACGAGUGCCACGUCUGCGCCAAGAAGUUCAUGUGGCGCGACAGCUUCAUGCGCCACAAGGGCCACUGCGAGCGGCGCCACCGCCUGGGCGGAGGAGGAGGAGGAGGGGGGCCCGCUGCCCUCUGCGGGGGGGCCAAGAAGGAGGAGGAGGAAGGGGCGUCCCCCUCCUGCAUCCCCGGAGAGGCCGACUGGGCCACGGGCCGAUCCCCCCGCAGCGAACUGGGCUUUGCGGGCAGCAGCAAGAUGUGAGCCGUGGAACUGACGCCUCCCUUGCGAGGAAGGCCCUCCUGGCCCUUGGAUGAGCUUCUUCUCUGGAGGGGCCCUGCGGACUCUCCUGGGGAGUCUGGUUUCUGCAGGGUGGGGGCUGCAAAGGGCUCCCAUCUCCACACACACACACACACACACACCCCAGUUUGGCUUGGUCUUCCCAUCAUGCAAUGGGCCCGUCCCUAGGAGGGAGUCUCUUUUCCUCUAGAGCCAGCCAGGUGGGGGCUGCCCCACGCCCUCCCUUGCACCCCCUGGCCUAAAUCCCUCUUGUGGGAGAAGAGAGUGACACUAAAAGCCCCCCCCCGACCCAUUUGCAGAGCAGGGGGGUUUUCUCAUUGAUGUAACAGCCGCUUCCUCUCCCCCUGCCUCCCCCUCCCCCCUUUGUGUCUGCUUUGGGGUGCAGACUUUUUGGCAAGAGCCCCUCCUUCCCCCCCCCCAGGGCGGUUUCCAGGGGACGGUUCUGAGAUAUCCGGAUGCUUGACUGUGUGCCCAUAGAACACACACACACACACACACACACACACACACACACACACACACUGAGCUUUGGAGGGGAACUUACGACAGUCCUGGAUACACCUCCCCCCCUCAAAAAAAAACCUGGAGACAAGGAGAAGCCCCCUCCCUCCCUCCCUCCCUUGGUUCCUUUGGUCGAGAUGAAAAACGUCCUUCAAUUUGGUUUCCGCCUUUUUCUAAAGGAAAGCCAGAAAUUCUCUUAUAAAUAUUUAUUGCUGUUUAACGCCAUGCCUGGCGUGGAUCUGUGCUGGCUCCGUCCUGGAGAGGUGGGGGGGGCAACAGGUGCAGGUGAGCUGUGUGGGGUGGAGUCCCGGCGGGGGGGCUCUCCUCGCCCCAUAGUUGCUGCCCCCCCCAUUCCAAGCAUGCUCUGCCUUCAAUCUUAGCUGGAUCCGAGGAACUGGCCCUGAAGCCCCCGUACCCCGAUUCUGGUCCUGGUUGCAUCUGGCCUUGAAGCAGCUCCCAUUUAGGGACCUGAGCCUCACCUAGCGGGAGCCCCCUCCCCUCCUCUUGGCUCAGGGCAGUGCAGAGAAGGGGGGGAGCUCCAGGCAUUGGGCGAUCUCACCCAUCGGGUGAUAAGAGGCAAUCCGUUCAAUCAGCCAUGGGGAGCUACAGCGGCCUUGUAAAAAAUUGACUUACGGCCCUUUUCCAGGCUUGCCACCGUUGCAUCAUCCCCAGGGUCCCGGGGCCAGAAUUCAGGCGCUCGGCAACUGACCCACGUUUGUGAUGGUCCUGGGGUCCCCCUUUUCCUACCUUAUUAUUGAGCGAAGUCAAGAGUGGAAUCAGGUUCACAAUUGUAGCAAGAGAGGUUGUAAAAUGAGACAAAAUCCACUUAACUGUCUCACUUAGUGGCAGAAAUGUUGGCCACCAUAAGUGAAGGACUUCCCGCAUAGCAUCGCUUUCAUUAUUAUAACAAUGAUUCAGGU